GCGCGCCGCGCGCCCCCGCGACCGAGGCGGGAGAGUCCGGGCCGGAGGCGUCAGGUCGGGGAGCCCGUCGGUCCUCUGCGCGCCGGAGCCCGCACGGCCCGACCGGCUGGGGGAGGCGCCCGCUCUGUGCCCAGGUUGGGAGCCAUGGCGGUGUGGAUCCAGGCGCAGCUCCAGGGCGACGCCCUCCACCAGAUGCAGGCUCUCUAUGGCCAGCACUUCCCCAUCGAGGUGGCGGCACUACUGGCCUGGAUCGAGAGCCAGGCCUGGGACUCAAUAGAUCUUGAUAAUCCACAGGAGAACAUUAAAGCCAGCCAGCUCCUGGGGGUCUGAUCCAGAGCUGCAGAAAAAGCUGAGCACCAAGUGGGGGAAGAUGGGUUUUUACUGAAGAUCAAGCUAGGGCACUAUGCUACCCAGCUCCAGAACACAUACGACCGCUGCCCCAUGGAGCUGGUCCGCUGCAUCCGCCACAUACUGUACAACGAGCAGAGGCUGGUCCGCGAGGCCACCAACUGCAGCUCUCCAGCUGGGAGCCUGGCAGACGCCAUGUCCAGAAGACUGCAGAUCAACCAGACGUUUGAGGAGCUGCGCCUGGUCAGCCAGGACACGGAAAACGAGCUGAAGAAGUUGCAGCAAACCCAGGAGUACUUCAUCAUCCAGUACCAAGAGAGUCUGCGGCUUCAGGCCCAGUUUUCCCAGUUGUCGCAGCUGAACCCACAGGAACGCCUGAGCCGGGAGACGGCGCUGCAGCAGAAGCAGGCAUCGCUGGAAGCCUGGCUGCAGCGGGAAGCGCAGACCCUGCAGCAGUACCGUGUGGAGCUGGCAGAGAAACACCAGAAGACUCUGCAGUUGCUGCGCAAGCAGCAGACCAUCAUUCUGGACGACGAGCUGAUCCAGUGGAAGCGGCGCCAGCAGCUGGCCGGCAACGGGGGGCCGCCGGAGGGCGGCCUGGACGUGCUGCAGUCCUGGUGUGAGAAGCUGGCGGAGAUCAUCUGGCAGAACCGGCAGCAGAUCCGGCGGGCGGAGCACCUGUGCCAGCAGCUGCCCAUCCCGGGCCCCGUGGAGGAGAUGCUGGGCGAGCUAAACGCCACCAUCACCGACGUCAUCUCUGCCCUGGUCACCAGCACCUUCAUCAUCGAGAAGCAGCCCCCGCAGGUCCUGAAGACGCAGACCAAGUUUGCCGCCACCGUGCGGCUCCUGGUGGGCGGGAAGCUGAACGUGCACAUGAACCCUCCGCAGGUCAAGGCCACCAUCAUCAGCGAGCAGCAGGCCAAGGCUCUGCUCAAAAAUGAGAGCACGCGCAACGACUACAGCGGGGAGAUCCUGAACAACUGCUGCGAUGAAUACCACCAGGCCACAGGCACGCUCAGUGCCCACUUCCGGAACAUGGUCGCUCAAAGAGGGAUCAAGCGUUCCGACCGGCGUGGGGCGGACGUCCCGUGAUCAGAGGAGAAGUCACCCAUUCUGUUCGAGUCCCAGUUCAGUGUAGGGGGCAACGAGCUCGUGUUCCAGGUCAAGGUGAGACCCUGUUCCCUGCCGGUGGUUGUGAUCGUCCACGGCAGCCAGGACAACAACGCCACGGCCACCGUCCUUUGGGACAACGCCUUCGCCGAGCCUGGCCGGGUGCCGUUCGCCGUGCCGGACAAAGUGCUGUGGCCGCAGCUCUGCGAGGCUCUGAACAUGAAGUUCAAGGCCGAGGUGCAGAGCAGCCGGGGGCUGACCAAGGACAACCUGCUCUUCCUGGCCCAGAAGCUCUUCAACAGCAGCAGCGGCCACAUCGAGGACUACAGCGGCAUGGCCGUCUCCUGGUCCCAGUUCAACCGGGAGAAUCUGCCAGGGCGGAACUACACGUUCUGGCAAUGGUUCGACGGCGUCAUGGACGUGCUCAAGAAGCACCUCAAGCCGCACUGGAACGACGGCGCCAUCCUGGGCUUCGUGAACAAGCAGCAGGCCCACGACCUGCUCAUCAACAAGCCUGACGGCACCUUUCUGCUGCGCUUUAGCGACUCUGAGAUCGGCGGCAUCACAAUCGCCUGGAAGUUCGACUCCGUGAAGGAGAGGAUGUUCUGGAACCUGAUGCCCUUCACCACACGGGACUUCUCCAUCCGCUCGUUGGCGGACCGGCUGGGAGACCUGAGCUACCUGAUCUACGUUUUCCCCGACCGGCCCAAGGAUGAGGUCUUUUCCAAGUACUACACGCCUGUGCUGUGCGAGUCCACUGCUGCCAAGACCGUCGACGGGUACGUGAAGCCACAGAUCAAGCAGGUGGUGCCAGAGUUUGCCAACGCGUCCUCGGACUCGGCCGGGGGCGGUGCCACAUACAUGGACCAGGCCCAGUCCCCCAACGUGUGCUCCCAGUCCCAUUACAACAUGUACCCCACAAACCCUGAUUCCGUCCUGGACCCCGACGGCGACUUUGACCUGGAUGACACGAUGGACGUGGCGAGACACGUGGAGGAGCUCUUACGCCGGCCAAUGGACAGUCAGUGGAUCCCUCACGCCCAGUCCUGACCCACCCUCGCCGCCCACCCGCCCACCCACCCGCCAGUUGCCUCCGGCCAUCGGCCUCCGCUCUGUGGAAACAAUGUUGAUGAUGUGAAGUGUU